AAGGGGCGGACUUAUCACUGGCUAUGGGAUCAAGUUCCUGAAACUGGUCUUCUACAGCUUGAAAAAUGUCACUGUAACAGGAAGCGCCAAGGAGCUUAAGUGUAAUUUACACACAGUAGAGAAAAUGACGAAAGUUCCUCAGGGGUUUGAUUUCAGUUUCCUAAAUGACGAAGAAGCCAGGAAGAUCCUUCAGGUGCUGGAAAGAAAUGAGGAGCUACAGAGGGCAGAGAAGGACAGGAUCAGCAAACUCCAGAAGACGAAGAGGGAUAUCAGAUGGCUUCAAGGAGUGACUGGUGAAUGGUUUGAAGAAAUUCAAAGAAAAAAGUUUUGCAAUGAAACAGACGUUAGCCAAAUGUUAAAGCAACCACUUACAUACAGGCUGAGAAAGGGGAUGGCAGAAAAUGAUCCUAUGGAAUUACAAACAUCAAGAUCUAAACAUAUACCUGAUCAAAGAAACCCAACCUCCGUUCCUUCUCAGCUGAGCUUCAGAUCAUCAUUUGCUUCCCUGUUUUCAUUCAGAAAAUCUGGAAAGGAGACUUUAAAGCUUCAAUCACGGGGUCAGAAAGGAUGUGACGGCCACAUACCUCCUGUGUCUGUGAGGGGCACUGCUUUGCAGGCAAAAACAUACAAUUCACCUCUGGAAAAUCAACCCAUUGACGGUGCGUUUGUCCCCGAGCCAGCAGGCAUGAGGGAGGGAAGUAGCAUGCCUCCGUGGGAUGAUUCACUGCUAGAGGAUGAGUUUUUCCAAGUUUUAGAUGAUUUGGAUAGCAAACUGGCUCAGGAACAAUCUGCAAGCUCAGUGAAUACCAGAACACCUCUCAACUAUGCAUCAAGGACACAGUUCAGUCAUUUUUACGACAGUGGGAACAAACACAGUAAUAUCACAGGAAGGCACAAAAAUUGCUAUGAUGAAACUUCUAAUAUGUCUAUUUAUGAUGUCUUAAGACCAGGAACCCCUAGGGAAGGUUUUAAAACCUUUUCUCCUAGAACAAGGACAAUCUAUGAUAUGUACAGGACAAGGGAACCCAGAGUCUUAGAAGAAGAUUAUGUGCAAAAGAAUGCUUUUGGUAGUACUUCUCUGUGUUGUGAUAGCAGGCAACGAUCAGCCUCGCCAGCUACAAGCUAUUUCACAGCAAGAAGCUUACAUUUUUCAGCCGCAACUCAGAACAAGACUGGGUUUAUACCACCAAGCCACCAACAGAGCCCAAAGAGAACUCCUUUAUCAUCUAUCAUAUGGAAUAGAGCAGACACCUCUAGAGACAGGCAGAACCAGGAAGCAUUCCUGAGGACACCAUCACCAAUGGAAAUCGACCCUGCUGACCAGUCCAUGUAUCCCAGGUGUUUUCAGGAGAAUAGGAGAUAUGAAUUUUACCAUUCACAGAGUGUUUACCAAGGUGUUGGUUUAAAUGCCCCCGUGUAUAAUGCAAUGAGUCCUGACCCAUUUGAGAACUCCGAGAAUAUGCCGUUCUACCAUGAAGACAACCCAUUUGCUAGGUCUUUCUUUAGCAAUACCUUUGGACAGAGCAGGAAACAGAGAUUUGGACAAAGUCCUUUUUGGGGCCAACAGGAAGAACAUUCUUCCUGGUCCGACUUUCAUGAAAGCAGGAAACCAUUCACUUCUUCUGCCAGAGGCUUUGAAAUGAUCUCUGUUGAAGCAAAUAGUGCAUUAGCUGGUCCUUGCCAUAGUGUUCCUUCUCAACACUGGGGGUCAUUUUCUCCUAGUUACAGAACAGAUAUUUCCAGACACCAGGAGAAGCCACAUCCCUCUCCGUUUGAUUCUCAGACAUCCACACUGGAGCUCAUGGGAGUGUCACAAGGUAAUAGGAACCAGUCUACUCAUUUCAGCACGCCAAAUGUUUUCUCCACGACUGGUUCAAGCUAUCACAUCAAAUCUGGUGGCUUAGAAUGUCAACAGGACAGUUCUCCUAUGGAAGUACAUAUAAACAAAGAACCUUACUCAUUUGGAAUUGCUCAGACUCUAGCAUCCUCAUUCAAAACUGCCUUCCCACAGAUUCCUGAUGACAGAGGGAAGCCUCAGAGUCCCAGCUUUCAGAAUCCCACAGUCACUUUGCAGAAAAUUAAGCCUGCCUCUCUUCCAGUAAGAAACUAUACAGAAGUCACUGUGACAAACAGUGAUUCAGUUGAUUCUCCACCUCUAAUUGAAAGCCAAUCCAAUAUAGUGGUCACAGAAGUGAUAAAAAAAGGUAAGAGUUAUACUGGGAACAGAAAACUUGGUUCAGCAACUUCCCUUCCUUUCAUUCAGGAAAGCCAAACAACAUCACCUUUUCGCAGCCCAAAUCAAGGUUGUCACCACGAAUUAACAGCAAGUAGUGAAGAUAUUUCAAGCAUUAUUAAAAAUAACCAUGGGAGUCCUGGACGUAAUGAUAAUCAAAACGCACAGUCUCCAGAAAAGUCUGCUGUUUUGGAUGCGAAGGGAGAACCAUCCACCACAACUUAUGCAACCAACUGUAGCGAGUCAGCUGCUGACCAGGGUGUGCCACGGGAUUCUUCAGAUCUGUCAUUGGGUACACUACCAAAUUCCUCACCAUCAAAUGAUUCUUGCCUUGAUGCUUCGCUGAUUCCUCCUACUACAGUGUUCUCCUGGAAAUGUCCUUCAGGCAAAGAUCUAUCUCUGGGAGAAAGAGAAGAAAAAGACAAUGAUUGUAAGAACCAAAAUAGUCAAUUUUCCCUAAGCCUCUCAGAAAACCGAAAGAGCAGUGAUGAUGGUGUGCCUGUACAUAGUGAAGUGGCUGAUGUUGUCAAGUGCAAUUCACGCCCUCCUUUCAGGGAUGGAAAGGGAAAAGGAAAAACACGACGACGUAUAUCCUAUAUCGAAAAAUUAAGCAAAACGGAAAGUAGAUCCAUACCUACACGUGACAGCCGUAGCCUCACUGAGGGAACGCCAAGCAAUUCCAAGCCUCCUGAGCAUCACGCAAUGUACUGUACCUUACCAAGAAAAUCAGCCAGCUUUCUCAUCAGUAACAGGAAGUCUGAAAGUAAGAUGAUGCCUUCUUUGCUUAGGAACGAGCCACUUGCAUUCCAAAUCAAAAAUGAUGUGGAAGAUCCCGUAGGGAAGUACAUGCUGAACAAAUGCAGUCCCAGUUCUUGUAAGUCAGAGAGCACAUGUUCCGAAGGAGUUUCAGACUCAGUCUCAGCAGCACCUGAAGCUGCAGAGGGGAUGGCAAGUAUGACAAGCAGUGAAUCUGCUUCUGUUAGAGAAGGACCGCUUCCAGUCCUCAUCAAGAGGGCUGUGUCAUGCCCUUCUGGGGUACCAUAUGCCUCAACAGGGGGAGAGGAAAGAGAAAAAGUUUUGGUCUCAGAUACAGAUGCUUCUACUAUAACAUUAAGGCCUUGGGAGAGAUGCAUUAACCCUCUGGGAAGUGGCUCAUCUGUUUGGGAGUGUUCUUCAAGCAAAAGACACCACCAAAAGGAGUGCUUUCAAGAAUGUACUGAAAAGAAUGGUAAAAUUUCUACCUCCAGGACAGGUAUAUUUUCCCAUCCAGAUGAACACACUUUACCUUUUUCUUCAGAUAUGUCAGGAAAAGAAAGUGGGAAAACAUUACAUAAAUUUAAGACUACUAGUAUGUUUUCUGUUUCUGGUGAUGAAGAUCACGUGAAAUGUCUUGAGGUGGUUUCAAUAUAUUAUACUCUACCAAGGAAACAUAGCAAAAAAUUCUGUAACCUUCUUCAAAAGUAUACACAAAAUAUUGAUUCACUUACAGAAUCAACUAAAGUGGGGACUAAAACAUCUCCUAAUGCUUCAGAAAAAGACAAACUAAGUUGUUCUACCCAAGAGCAGUCAGCAGCAUCUUCAUCUAAAGAUCUAAAGGUGCAGGUCAGCCCUGCUCAGGAGAACAGCCAUCUUUCUCACACCACUGAAAAUAUGACUGUUUUACAAUUACCAAGUUUGGGGCCCUCAGAACCUACAUUACAGGAUAUGGCUUCUAUUGAAGCAGAUAUUUCUCUUCAUAAAGAAGAACCUAAAUCUAGAGAGAUUUCCCCAUGUAACUUUGCUAAAACACCUCUAUGUGAUUCACAAAACAGGAAAGAGAAAGGGAAAAAAUUGCGAAGUGAAAACCUGUAUACGUCACCAAUGCAUCAGGAAAAAAAAGUUACAAGAGAUAAAUCUGAAAAUUGUCAACAAUCCAUUAAAUCAGGUAACAGUUAUUUUUCUAACCUCCCAUCCCAUUCAGAAGAGAAUGUUGAAAAUUCCCAAAUCAUUAGACCUUCUGGGGAGUAUACAGGUAGUGCUAUAGCCUUUACAGCUACUGGAAGUCUUCCGAAAGUUAUAACAGGCGUAGAUAUAGAUGAUAGUGCCAAUGGAUUGCAGUCCAGGGAAGUAAGAGGGAAAAUUAGAAAAGAUUUCCCCAAAAAACCUGAUAAACCACUUUCUGACUCAGAAAGCCAAGUCUUUGCUCUUACUCCAGCCUUGCAUAAACUACAGCUUGAUGAGAAGACUUGUUCAAGUAAACCAGAUUUAGACAGUUUGCCGUCUGAACCCAGAGAACUACCCGGAAGAAGUCAGGAGGUAAAUAUGACAGAGAACAAGGCUGAAGAUGAAAUACAGAAGUUGGCAUGGAAUCGACCUUCACUUCCUGAAGGAAGUAAUAAAAAUAAAAAAAGCUUGGAUGACCUAGAAAAAGGGAAAAACAGAUCUUCAGUUAAACACAGAUUGGCAGUUAUGUCCAAAGCAAGCAGAAAAUUUCCAGCUAAGGAUUUAUACCCCAGAAGACAUGUGGCUACUCUCUUUCCUCAAAGUGGGAACAGUUCUGGCUUUAGCACUUUAUCACUUGGCACCCCAGAGUGUAAACCACUGUCUCCUGAGCCUACUUUAAAGUCCGCAGAAUUCACAGAUGAAAGCAGGUUAAGUAAUGAUGGAAUGGAUGUGGAGAAAUAUGAGGACUCUCUCCAGGUUACUGCAAUAUCCAACAGGGAAGCUUCUACACACUUAAGCAAUCAGAAAUCCUACAACAUUUCACAACCACAUCAAAACGAGUUUGAAAAUAUCUCUGAAUCACAACCAAAUUAUGAGAAUUCUAAGGAUGUAAUAGUAGCUCAGAUUUUGGAAGAAGAGUCGGGAGCCCUGGCCCAACCUACAUGGAUCAGUGUUAGGGAAGCAGACCCUGACCAUCAGAAGAGGCUGUGCCCUCCUUUUCAAUUGGAGCCUGCAGAGACAUCUACAGUAAGCAUCCCAAUAGCCAAUUGUCAGCAACAACAAAGAAGUGCUGCAUCUCUGGAAUGGGAACCUGAGCCACACCCCUAUCGUUCAAAGAGUUUAAAAAGCAUCAAUGUGCAUGGUGAUCUGCUCCGAAAAAGUCAUCCUCCAAAAGUCAGAGAGCGCCAUUUUUCUGAAAGUACUUCUAUCGACGAUGCCCUGAGUCGAAUGACCCUUGGGAAUGAAAUCUCUAACAGCAGUGGGUACAGUCGAAGAUUCAAAUCUUUUUCUGAACUUCCUUCCUGUGAUGAAAAUAAAAGGUGGGCUUUGUAUAACAGCAGGACAAAAAUGGGUCCUAGGUCUGCAACAUCUAUAUCCAGACCUAUUGACUAUGGGAUUUUUGGGAAAGAACAGCAACUGGCUUUCUUGGAGAAUGUAAAGAGGUCACUCACCCAAGGAAGAUUAUGGAAACCAAGUUUUCUUAAGAACCCUGGCUUCCUGAAAGAUGAUGCAGAUAACCCUCCUAACCCAACAGAGUCAUCAAGUUCAAGUUCUAGUAAUCAGAUGCCCAAAGAUGGCUUAUCUCUAAGUGCACCGCUUAAUAUCUAUGACGAGGAUCCAGUAGACUCAGAUUGUGACACAGACACAACCACAGAUGACGAAUACUACCUGGAUGAAAAUGACAAAGAAUCAGAACUGUGAGGCUUUUUCAGUAAAAUGUAUAACCUUUUCACCAAAAGUUUGCAAUGUAAAUAAAGUAUAAGUAUAUAUGUCUAUGGAAAGGACAGAUAUUAAAAAAAAAAAUCUAGUCUGGGCAGUGCCUGCUCUGAAACAAUCCGAAUUCUCUUUUCUUCCCCCUCCACACCCUAUAUAUAGACUUCCUGAAUUCUAGAGCAAUGAAUUCUUGUUUAGAGGGAUUCUCUGCUGUUUUCUUCCUCUGUGAAUAUCCUUGGCCUUCUGCCACUCAGCCCCAACUUUAACUCACUGCCUAGUUUUGGCUUUCUGCCCUAUUUUCCCCCUAACUUUCUUAUAGCUUUCAUGGUGAUUUACAACUUUAAUAUCCCAGCACAACAGCAAAACUCUGUCUUGCCUCGUCCAGUCCCUACCGUGUAUUCAUGACGUUAAAUAAAAUGUAGGGAUGAUAACAGUGGAAGUAAGUAUUAUUAUCCUAUUUGACUUAUCAACAUUUAGGAGGUUUAGAGUUUGGGUGUUGGGGUUUUUUUCCCUUUUGAACAAAGAUAAGGGGAUUUCUAUAAGGACAUCCUGUUUUAUCCAUAGUAGCUAGGGAGGCCCAUUAUUUGAAGUGCUUGUUGAGAUUAUAGGUGAAAGGUGAAUCCCUAGUAAGCCAAAGAACAUUAGUACUCCUAGGAAUUCCUUUGAAAUAGUUUCUAGGAUGGUACAGAGGGUGGCUUAGCCAUAGACUUUCUGCUUAGGAAGAGAACAUAACUGAGGGAUGAAGAUAAGUGGACAUCCUUUUGUGAGACUGACGUCCUUACUGCAACUCUCUCAGCAACUGUUUCUUUUUUUUUCCAUUUCUCCAGAAUCAACCAUUUAAAAUGUUUCUUUAUUUGCAGGAGAGAGCACUUUUUCCCAUGUGAGACAUUUUAGUCACACGUGGUAGCCUAAAGUACUACCAGGUCAGAUCUGACACCUUGGGGUUCACAGGCUUCUUUGCAGACCAUUCACCAAACCCUUAGAAAUGAGAAGGCAGAGCUUCUAAGAGCUUGCCACUAUCGUUCCUUCAAUAAUUUAUCUAGACUAAUUAUUUAAGUAAAAUUUCAUAAACCAUGAUCUAUGUUUUCUAUUUUAAAAUAUUAAAAGUUAAUAUUUUAAUAUUAAGAUUCUUGGUUUUUUAAAUGAUCAACUUGCAUGUUCUAUUUCGGUAAAUACUCUGAGUCUACACAUAUGUUGCAAAAGGUGAAAUGAAGUUAGCUUGUUUUUCACUAAACUUAGCCUAUAUCAACAGGUAAGUUAAGGUCAGGCUAAAUGACUGCUUUGGGGCCCUGGUUCUCUGUACUAGAAUCUACCAUCUGAAUUAAAAGGUAAUUGAUGGCCAGUGCUCACCUGUACUAUUUGUAAUGUUUGCUUAUUGUUCUGGCUCAAGAAUCAAGAAAACAGAAAAUUCAUGAAAAAAGCACCUUCUAUAGUUUUAUGCCUUUAUAAAACACUUCGUUAAAGAAGUAUAGCAAAUGUCUAUGUAUUUUAACACACAAACUGCUGCUUUUUAAUAUUCAUUUUUGAUAUAGCUAUAGUAAUUUAAAAUAGUCAUUCAUUUUUAUAUGCAUAUUUGUUUCCUAAAAUAUAUAAUCAUUAUUAAAGUAAAUAUUCACAUAAAUGGAGUAAAUAAUGAGGGAAUCAAUACUAAUAAGUAUGUGGUAAAUUAAGUUGUUUUAAAUAAUAAAUUCUAUAACCAUAAAUUUUACGUGUAAAGUCUUAUGAGAUUAUUUUAAUUUUUAGAGACUUCCCUCUAGAUAAUUUACCUGCUUACACUGUAAAUACAUUGCUGUUAAUUAAACUCCAACUGCUACUAACAAGAUUUUGGCUGAUGAUAAGCUAAUAAAAGCUAUUUUGUGUAGGAGCUACAGGUGUGCCUGUACUGGGGGUUGUGAAAGGAAGUCCACUUAAGUUAUGGUAAAGCCAGGUAUCAAAUUGGAAAAUCCACACUUCCAUAAAAGGAAUAUACUCCACUGAAUGCCAGAGGGUUAAAGAGGCCUUAUUGCUAGUUUAUUGUUGAUAAUGAUAAUAAUGCUUAAUGCUUCAGAAUAACCCAUUUAAAUGUACAGUGUAAAUAUGUAAAUAUUUCACUUUGAGGCUCUUCGUGACUGGCGCUUACUUCUGUGUUUCUGAAACAUAUAAUAAGCCUUAAGCACUGUCGUUUAAAAUGUUGUCAAGUAAUCCUUUUAUGUACUUGCUCUCUAGUUAUGAAAUGUGUUACAAGAUGAGGUACAAAUUUAAAACAAUGCCUGUGUUGAAAUAAAUGAUUUAAAAUAGAUGCAUUAUUUGACU